AUGGCUAGUCAUUUGGGGACUCAAAAGGGGCUGGUGAGGCAAUUGGUGCCGAUUGCUGCUCUGAGGAAACACGGAUUCUGGUUGCUGCUUGUGGAUGUGCGGGAAGCUGCAAAAUUUGGGCAAAUCUGCUGCUCUUUUACUAUUGCUGGGGGUUUGUGCGACAAUUUGCUGACCUGCAUAAUCCGAGCGUGGGAUUACACCAAACCGUCUUUUGUUUCACCUUCCAUGAAUGCCUUCCUGUGGAGAAAUCCUUUCACAGAACUUCAUCUAAUGUCACUCAAUGAGCUUGGGAUUGCUCUUAUUCCACCGAUCCCAACGAGUCAUACGGGAGAUCAUCAAGACAGCACUAUGGCUCUACUCUAUACAAUCGAGUCAGCUAUCAAAGUUUACUACGAGACUCGGUUGCUGCUCGGCGGCGGUAAUGCCAAGCUGGAAGUCAAUGUCAAUGACCCUAGAAUCUCAGUCAAAUGGCGAUUCCUUUACCGCAAUGCUGGAGGAAGUCAACAGUACAGUUCCUCUACUGCUUCUGUAAUUCCAUCUGGCUGUUGGAUGAGAUGCAAGAAGCGCUCCAGACUCCGCCGCCGGAGGAGCCGGAGCCGGAGACGACAACGACAGCAAGCUCCGGCACAAGCCCGGCCGGAAGCCUCUCCAGCCGCGGAACUCCCCCGCCGCUCUUCCCCCCGCCGACCGGCCGAAGCCGAAGUCCGAGAGGAUUGGGGUCGGGAUCUCGCCGAUGCUGGCCGAGUCGGACAAGAGAACCGCCCCUACCUGCCGCCGGCGUCGCCCCUCGCCGCCGCGGCUACUACUCCGCCACAGCCGCCGCCGCCGCCGGCGAAGGUGGAGCAGCUGGACGCGUCGCUCGCGGAGGAGCUGGUGGCGGUGAGGAAGAAGCUGGAGAGGCUGAGGGCGGACAGGGAGAGGACGGAGGCGAUGCUGAAGGAGAGGGACGGGGUCCUGGCGGCCAGGAUGCGGGACGUGGAGGAGAGGGGGGAGGCUCAGAAGCUGCUCGAGAUCGAGGUGGAUCGGCUGUACCGGCUGAAGCAGCUCAAGCUUUCGCUCGAGAGGGUGUCGCCGAUCCGAUCGCUGAGAGAGAGGUCUCACAUCAAUCAGGAAUCGAAAUCGGAGAACAAGGAGGAAUCGAUUGGGGAAUGUGAAGCGCUGAGUCCGAGUCCGAGCUCCGUUUCUUCAAAAUUGAGUGCAGAUGUGGAUUGAUUCGACAAGGGUUUUCUUGUACUUGGGUUUUGAUUCGGAAUUUGUUUGUAACUUCACUUUGCUCGUUGAAGUACAUAGGAAAAGAGAUUUGGCAAAAGCAUUGCGUGAUAAGCGAGUACCAUGGGAAUCCGGCGUGUCCCACGGUGUCCGACAUGUGGGCCGAUCGCGAACUUGGAGUAGGGCAUUCUAGGAGGACCUGGUCCCGUGUCGUUGGGGCGCCUGAUGGUGCGUUCCUAGAGCUGCUUCUCAUAUGGAGGGGAUCCGUUCGACUCUAUCGUGUCGUUUAAGUUCUGUUUCGCCGCCAUGGCUUGUGAAUUCGAUCCAUCCUUUUGAAGGAAUUAUUUUACAUUGAAUCCUUAAAAUGGCUCUGUACAAGUUGAGAGUUCCUUACAAGUGAUUUUGAUUUGCCUCUCUUGUCUCAGUGAGCCAUGUUCAAUUGGUUUUUCCUCCAGUGAGAAACAGGAAAACUCAAGACAACA